CAACUCCACUUGACAUUUUGCAUUAUUAAUCGAGAACAUCCAAUUCCCAUUGCUCGCUUCAUUUCAUGUUUGCCCAUCGAUCGACCCAUCUCAACAUCUUUCCACUGGCAGCUGCGCACACAAACUGUGCCUUCCACUCCAACGCCAGCUCCGACUGUGACUGCGACGGCGGCUGCGACGGUAACGGCAACGGCAGCGGCAGCGGCGUCAGCCUCAGCCACGUUCAGUCCCAGCCAUAAUGCUGGCAACGCUUCGCGUCGUCCGGUGCUGAGCGUGCGCAGGCGAAUAAUCAACACGCCGACGGCGGCGUCUGAGCCAACCACGCAAAUUGCAGAGUUGACGACGACCUCUAAAUACAGUCGACUGCGCAGCAGGCCAGACUCGGCAGCUGCCGCCGCAAUUACAACGACGACGGCAACAACGAGCCGAAACAGCAACAGCAACGGCAACAGUUACUUCAGCAAGCUCAAAAGCUCGUCGGCAACAUUGCCGCUGGCAACAUUGUCGCCAGCAACAAGCAGCGCCAGCAACAUCAACGCCAGCCCCGACAAGCAGCACAAAUUCCAAGCGGCCAGCUAUGCGCUGCGCCGCCAGUUCCAAACGCGACGCCUCACCACGACGCCAUCCUCGGCGAAUGGCGACGAAAGCGUCACAGAUGUACCACGCACCCAAAAUCCGCUCUUCAAGCGACGCCCAACUCUCGGCUCAACCCCUCCGCCGCCGCGCUCGACCACGACAGCGCUGUCCAUCGAGACGACGACCUUCCUGUAUGGCAUUGAGGAUGACGAUGAUCAGGUGGCUCGCUCCAGCAUACACACCAGUCGCUUCAAUCAGAUUGCGGAGCAGCUGCGUCCACUCCAUAGCUCCAGCUCCAGCUCCAGCUCCAGCUCCAGCCCCAGCACGAGCACCAGCACGAGCACAACGACCCAACGGGCGCUCAGCUUUGUGCCUAAUGGCACUCGCCGCCAGCUGAUACCGCGCCCUCGCCGGCCCCAGUCCAGCACGCCUGCGCCCACCUCGAGCAGCUCUGCCGCAGGCUCGCCGCCGGCAGCGCGUCGCCAGCAGAGUCGACGACGGCCGCACAAGUACAUCGAGGUCUACAAUCGGCCGCCCAGCAAGCUUGCCCUGGCCACAGCCACAGCCACCGCCACAUUCACAUCCGCAUCCGCAUCCGCAUCGAAUCGUCGCUCGGGCGCCGCCGACUACGACAGCUCGGAUGCGAGUCCGACGCGCCGGCGCAGCGAGAAGGCGCGCAAGCCGCAGUCCCGGGCACCCAAGGUGAUCGUUCACGGGCAGGGCAUCAUCGAGUGCCGGGAUCAGGGCAACUUCCCGCAUCCGCUAAGCUGUCGCAAGUUCAUUUCGUGCGCCAAGUUCGAUGGCACCGGCGGCAUCGUCGGCUGGGAGUACACCUGCCCCAAGGGCCUCAGCUACGACGGCGACAGCGGCAUGUGUAUCUUCACCUCGGCCAGCGAUGGCCGAGUCUGUCGCGAUUAAGGCAGAGACAGGAAUGCGAUCGACGGGGUCAAUGACUGAGUGCAGACCCAAGGCACGCCUCCCAAAAGGAAGACGAAUCCUUGAAUCUCUCACUUUGCACAUCAUUUUUCUCUUGUGAAUAGUUUUUUGUUGCGAGCAUAUACAUAGAUAUAUAUGUGUAUGUAUGCACAUCUAUGUCUCUCUAUAUAUGUAUGUAUUUAUAUUUCAAUUUUAUUUAAGAGUCAUUUGCAUACCUUGACCGGGCUCCUAGGUCUAUGUCGCCUCUGUCAGUCCGUCCGACUGUCCUUUCCUCUGCACCCCAGUCCCUCUCAUACAUGUCGUGUACAUAUGUCGCAUAUAUCAUAUAGCUGCCAUGGGAAGAAAAGCCUUUAAUGAUCUUAGAGCU